UAGACACUUUUUUUUACUCCAUGUUAACAUUUAGUUGACCCAAAGUAAAGUCCAGUUCAAGUUAUUGAGACUCUUUUGCCAAUCGCUAAGUGUAAACUGACCACGUAUUGUUAAUUGUUUACCUUCCUCUCUUGUGUCCAGUUGAUCAAUCAAUUCACAUUCUGUUUCUAAUUGUGACCCUUACAAAAUGACCAUUAGUAAACCAACAAUUAGUUGGGACAAUAAAAAUAAUCCCUAUGAAAAUCAGUGAUUAACUAAUACGAUUACUUAAUCCACCAACUCGAAAAUCAAAUUAUCAUGAUAUUCAAUUUAAUCCAUGAACUAAUCAUCACCUUCAUCUAAUUUAACAAUUUAAUUUCAACAGUUCAUCAUUAAUCUUACAAUGUAAAUGUAAUCAUCACAAUUGUGAGUGAAUUGUGAUUAUUUUAAAUUGUGACAAAUUUUAAACAAUCAAAAUUGUUUUAUUCUUAAAAAUUGAAAGAUCUUAAUUACGACCAAUCAAAAAAAAAAGUUAAUUGCUAAUUCCUUCCAGUUAAUUGGCCUUUACUAAAACGUUAAAUCCAUCCCAGUGUCCAAAUAAGCAUCGGCUUAAUUGUGCUCUAAUUGUUUAGCUCGUAAAUUGUUGAUAAUUAAAGUUUCAAAAAAAAACUUGACGAGAAACAAUUUGAUUAACUGAUUAAUUGGUGACAAACAUUUAAUUUCAAAAUGACUCAAGACACUGAAGAGGAGGUUGGGAAACUUUUUGUUGGCGGAUUGAGUUGGGAGACAACUAAAGAAAAAUUAAACGAUUAUUUCAGUGCAUUUGGUGAAAUCGCUGAUUGUGUGGUGAUGAAAAAUCCAGAAACAGGUCGAUCAAGAGGAUUUGGAUUCGUUACAUUCAAAGAUCCUAAUUGCGUCCAAUUAGUUUUAAAUGCUGGUCCUCAUCAUUUAGAUGAAAGAACGAUUGAUCCUAAAUCGUGUAAUCCAAAAAGUGCCCAAAAAGGGAAACGAGAGGCAAAAAUGUCCAAUUAUCCGAAAAUUUUUCUCGGUGGUUUACCUUCAGAUGUAAAUGAAACCGUCCUAAGGCAAUUUUUCACCCAAUACGGCAAAGUUGUGGAAGUUGUUAUUAUGUAUGAUCAAGAGCGCAAGAAGACCCGAGGAAAUGGAUUCAGAGGCUUUGGUUUCUUGUCUUUUGAGAGUGAAGAAGCAGUUAACAAAUUAGUCGAUGAACAUUAUGUGGUCAUCAGCGGUAAAAAGGUUGAGGUUAAACGUGCUGAACCUCGAGAGAAAACUAUUCUCAAUGGAUUAACUCUCAAUAGUAAUAAUGGAAAUGAUUCAACCGAUGGUUCAACUAACGGGAUCUCAGUUAUACCUGGAACUUGGUGGUCAGCUCAUUUUCAUCCUAAUCAUCCAGGUCAUCAUCAAUCUUCACCAACCUCAGCAUCGUUACCACCACAACAAUUAACAUCACAAUCUCAUGGAAACAUAGCAGCGGCUGUUGCUGCUGCCGCUGCCGCAGCUGCAGCAGCAGUAAACAAUUCCGGCUCAUCUAUUAAUCUAACCGGUGGUGUACCUCAAGUUAAUCAACCAAUUGGUUUACCUGGUACUGGAUUAAUUCAAACUACUUAUCCUGUUUGGACUUCCCUUCCCGGAUGGGUACCAACAUCUCCAAGUGGUCAUCACCGAUUGACCAACGGUACAUCGGCAACUCUUGGUUCACCCAAUGCUACUUCAAUUCCAAGUUUUAAUUCACCAAAUUUACCCAAUCCUAACCCUGGACCUGGUCCACCACCACCACCGCCUCCUCAUCCGUCAACUUGGAAUGGUCAUCCAGCCUCUUUCUAUCCAACACCUUAUCCUCCUCAUGCUCCUGCCCCAUGGCAUCCAUCGGGUUACCCUUACCCUGGAUUAGCCCCAAUGCCACAUCCUCAUGGCCUUUGGACUAAUCAAUCUUAUCCACUUUAUGGCUCAAGUUAUCCUGUUAGUUACUCUGGAUAUUUACCUGGUGCACCAAUCAGUCCUGGAUUAAGUCCAUCUAGUCUCACAGCAUCACUUAAUUUAUCAACUGUAACAGGCUCAGGUCAACAACAAACAGGAUCAUGUUUAAAUGCUCAACCAACAAAUCAUUUAACUAAUCAAAAUGGUAUCAAUUUACCGACAUCAUCACAAAUUUCUGUCACAACAAAUUCAUCCGGAGAAAAUUGUCCAGUUUCAUCAAAUGCUCAUGAAACAGUUGAUCAACCAUGUAAUUCAAAUGAUACUUAUUACAUUGGUGAAUCAGUUAAUUGUCAACUUUAUGGUGAAUGUAUGAAUGGGACAAUUGUCCGAUUGUUACGAUGUCCAGUUGGCCUUUACUUUGACUCGAAGCGACAAUUGUGUACAGUUGAUUUUCCCCCUAAUUGUUCAAUUGAUCAACUAGAUGAUGAUCAAAUUAUUCUGAAAAAUAUAUUAACCCAAUCAACUGUUAAUUCAUCUUCACCUUUAACCCCAAACAAUUACAAGGUCGUUUGUUACUUUACCAAUUGGGCUUGGUCAUCUUCUAGGGAUGGGUCACUUUAUCCGGAAGAUAUUCCGGCUCACCUUUGCACUCAUAUUAAUUAUGCUUUUGCGAUACUGGACAAUCAGACUCACACCUUGAUAACCUCGAAUGGUACAAUUGACUUUAAUAUGAACUUUUACCGACGGGUGACCGAUUUAAAGCAAAUUAACCCUUCGUUGAAGGUGCUUUUGUCUUUGGGAGGUUGGGGCGAUUCGGGCGAUGGAUUGAAAUACUCACUGAUGGUCAAUAAUUCAACGAAACGGGAAAAUUUCAUCAAAUCGGUGAUUCCGUUUUUACGAUUCCAUGGGUUCGAUGGGCUUGACCUUGACUGGGAAUAUCCUUCAUGUUGGCAGGACAAUUGUACCGCUUCAAUGGGAGCCAAUGAUAAACAAGGUUUCGCUUCACUGGUCAGUGAGUUGAGGUCAGCUACCAAUGGGUCAGACUUUUUAAUCACCGCCGCUGUUGGUGGUUGGGUGCGACUGGUCAAUACUUCAUAUGAUAUACAAAGUUUAGCUCAAUCGUUGGACUUUGUUAACAUAAUGACCUACGAUCUUUAUAAAGGUUAUCAUAAUGUUGCCGUUCAUCAUUCACAAUUGUUUCAAAUAACACCGAGCGCUAAUUAUGGUGAUGAUGAUGAUGAAAUUGAUCGUAAUUGUAAUUCAAUUGUUAACAAAUGGAUCAAUGAAGGUUUCCCUGCGAGUAAAUUAAUCAUCGGUGUACCAUUUUAUGGUCGAGCCUUUACUUUGGCCAGUAAUGUGUCCGACAAUUCAACUAAUUAUGGUUUAGGUGAACAAUCAAUUGGUCCUGGUGGACAAGGUCCAGUUACUAGAGAGUCCGGUUAUUUGUCUUUCACUGAGAUUUGUUUGAAUAUCCGAAACUCGGACUGGUCAGUUAAACGAUUUCCUGGUUCUGAAGCUCCGAUUGCUUAUAAAAAUAAUCAAUGGGUUGGUUUUGAUGAUCUGAUUAGUUUAAGGAGAAAAUCAAAUUAUAUCAAACAAUUAAAUCUCGGAGGUGUGAUGCUUUGGGAAUUGUCACUUGAUGAUUUCCAAUCAAAUUGCUGUUCAACUAAUUGGCCACUUCUCAAGACUCUUAAUAGUGAAUUAAAUGGUUAUUACCCUAUUGGUGACAAUACUAUUAAUUGCUACUAAAAGUUGAGAUAAUUUGGUAUUUUAAUCAACAAUCAAUUUAUGUGACAUUUUAAACAAAAGGUAUUAUUUGAUUUACUUAAAUAAAGUUAUCAUUUUUAAUCAAAAAAUCGUAAGAAUUGAAAGAUGACCACUAGAAUUAAAUAAACAAAUAGUAACCACAUUGCGA